AUGGCAACGCGAUUGUUCGAGACCACUCCUACAUUGUACAAACUAUGUAUUAAUAGUUUCUUAGAUAAUCUGCUACUAAAACAGUUAACCAGUCGGCAGUUAGAAUUUAUGCCAAUAGCACUUGUUGCUGAUAUUUUGAUCCAUAUGGCUAGAGUGAACCGAUUAAAAGUAUUAGUAUUGAAGCCACUUUCUAAACCCUUUAUUUUGGAUGGUUUACUGCGACAUGAGAACACAACAAGUAAGCUUCUUAUGUGUAUGGGCUUAGUGGAGGAUAGAAUCCCAGUUUACGUAAAGAAAGUGGUAGAAAAUUUCAUUUUACACUCGAAAAACCCGGUGGGUCAAUAUCCGGAUCUUAUCGACUUCGGAUUACGGCUUGGUUCUUUUCUUUCUGACGUCGGUUGGAUGCUGGAAAGUAUACAAAUAUUCAACGUUGUAGAGGCGGAAAUUCGUCUACAGGGAGAUAGUGAAUCAGUGACGAUUCAACUCGUAGACUGCCUGCAAAGGCGCCUCCAUUGCGAAACACUUAUAUGGGAGUUUAAGGCUGGUAGAGCCACGAUAGCAGAACUUUCGAUAUUGCUUCGUUCAAUAGAUUUUGAGAAUGUACCGAAAUAUUUAGCAGUAGAAAUUUACACACGUUCGACGGAGUUUCAUUUAGUGCAACACAAAAUCAAAGAAGGCUAUAGGUGCAGCGCUGUUAUUAUGCAAUAUAUAAGCGAAUCAAUGCCGAAAAGUACUUUGGUGGAUGCGCUACGAGUUACAGCGAAAGCAUGUUUUGCCAUACGUAAAUUCGGACUGGCUAAUGUACUGAUACAGCAGGCAAUCUCUAUGGCAGCCACCGUGUUUGGGCGUAAUCAUUUAAUAUAUGCUGACGUCUUGUUUGAUUAUGCGUACUUCCUACUCCUUUUCGAUAAACCGCAACACGCCAUUAAUAUUUAUGAUGAAGUCCGCAAGAUUAGAAACCGCAAACUGUGCGAUCAGAGUUUCCUCAUUAGUUUGACAGAUGUAGCAUUCGCUAAUGCGUGCUACGUCCGAAAACAUAGAUCGCUUAGACUCAUUCAAAACGCGCUCCGUGUGUUGACAAGGAUGCUGCCAAUAAAAAACUUACUGCUUGCCUCAACCUUGCGUUUACAUUUAUUGAUCAAGCACCAAAUUUCAACCGAUAAAUAUGCAAGGUUUCACAGGAAUUGUUUUUUAGAAUUCGGCAAGCUGGUGAAAAUACAAACUGAGAACGUGAACAUAUGUCUGGAUGUCCACGACGACAAGAACUUGUUUACAGCAAAAAAUUAUUUCGAAUUGGCGCGUAUUUAUCAAGCAGGAAAAAAUUAUCAGCAUGGCAAGCGAUACAUCGCCAUGUGUAUAUUGGUUACAAAAAAAGGCAUGGGCUCUUCCAAGAAGGAAAUCGACGAUUUGCAUGUUUUGGAAGGCUAUUUAAAGAAAACCAACGAAGAACGGGAUAUUAUCCAAAAGGUUAAAUUGGAACCGUGGUUGCUAAACAGAAUUGAAACAUUUGAUCCUGCACAUGAAGUAAAGAAACCAUUAUCCGCACGCUUUCACGGUGGCUUAACCCGUUUGUAUCCGCCACAUAAAAAUUUUCAGAAAUUUUUGAUAAAUUUAGCAACUACAUACAAUUCGAAGACCGAAAAUUCCCAACAAAACGUUGAUUUUUGGUGCAUAAGGUUUCUUCAACUUAUAUAUUUUACUGGCAUGGCAGAGCUACAGCUAUGCAAAUUGCAAUCGGAACCGUCGUUGGACAUAGAACCGGAUCGGGAAACAGAAGGACAAUCGAGUGAUUCAGAUUUGUAUUAA